AUGGCGGCAGUGGUGGAUGGCGGUGACGAUGGUGGUAAAGUGGUGAAAGGCGGUGGCGACGAUGGUGGUGUCAAUGCAGUGGUAGUGGUCGAAUGUGGUGGCGGUGGCGGUGGCAGUGGCAGGGGCGAUAAUGAAAGUCGGUGGGUUGGUGGUGUCAAGCGAGGUGGUGAUGGUGGUGGAGGUGGAGGUGGAAAGGCUGUGGAGGCUGCAUCAGCAUGGUGGUGGAAGGCGAAGGCGGUGGUGGUUGUGGCGUGGCAUUGGUGGAAGUUCGUGGUGGAGGUGGUAGUGGUGGAAGGCAGUGGAGGCGACGAUGGUGUGACGGUUGAAGGCGGCAACAAUAGUGGCGGUGACAGUGAUGGUGGUGGUUGUGGUGGGGGAAAACAGUGA